UAUCAUGUUAGUGCGAUGUCAAGCAGGAGAUUUGUCGGUGGCAAAGGUGCGUCUUCCUUAGAUUGGGAUUCUCCCUCGACUAAAACGGGAACAGUGAAGCGUCGACCCGUGUCCGGUGACUGUCUGACUGAUAACGACCGAUGCGCUCAUAAUUCGCAGGAAGAAAGACGCAAGGGCGGACAGGUUUGCUUUACGGCGUCUUCGGGGAGGAUUUGCAGCGAUAAGGGGGCAAAAGACCAGUCUUCAAAUAUGCGUUCGUCGAAAAUUCCUGCCCUCCAUUUGCUGAAACGUGGCUCCAACGCGAUUCUGCCUCAAAACAAGUUGCAAUUUUGCAAAUCGAAUCCAUGUCGAGACGAGGUAAAUCCCCGGUUCGUCGACAACGUUGCAUUGAAAAAGUCGGCUUUGAAAGAAGCCAACUUUGCGUACAAUCUCAAGACGUCGUGUAAAAGUCCGGAUCACUCCGGAUACCAGCUGAUAGAAGUUUGUUCUAAAGUACGUAGUUGUUCGGAAACAGCCGAUCAACGUGCAUAUUUGAGUGAGUUUGGAAAAGCGGGGAAACUCUCCGAUUCGGAUUCGGGAAUAGCGUCGCCUCUUUCGCCUUCUUCGCUAUACGGUUUCCUGGGUUACGCUGAUAAGAAUAAGGAGGGAAACGGACAACUUAUCAAGCGGAACGAGCGGACCAACUUGCUGUGUCUUAGAGAAACGGUGCAGAUCUACACAGACUGGGCCAAUCAUUACUUGGAAAAAGCUCGAAGUAAAAAACGCGUCAAUUCUUUAGCGGCGGAUUGCAGUGACGGAGUCUUACUUGCUGAAGUCAUCGAAUCUGUUACAUGCCAGAAAAUCCCCGACAUCAAUCGAAAGCCAAAAUCGCCAUCCCAAAUGCUCGACAACAUCAAUCUUUGUUUGGGCGUCCUAAAAGCACAACAUGUUUCCGGCCUGGAAAACGUCUCGGCUCAAGAACUACGCGAUGGAAAAUUAAAGGCGAUUUUGGCGCUUUUCUUCGCCUUAUCACGCCAUAAACAGGCCGCCAAACAACGGGCCCAGCAAAUCCAACAGAACCAGAUAGGGGAAAUGACGCCGAAUAGAUCGUCGGCCAUACCUCACAAGGGCGGCAGCAGCAUCCCCUUACCCGGCUCAGCCCUGCCUUCCCGACGAUGUCCCCCAGAUAAAGUGCGUCCGGUGGCCGGCUCCAGCCGGGCCUCAAGUCCGGCCCUGUCCAUGAUCCCGCGGGGCCCUCCGGCCCAAAUUUCCAGCCCUUACCAAACCCCCCCUCAGAAAAACUCCAACUCGAUGCUCGACAAACUGAAACUUUUCAAAUCCAACGACCGGCCUGCGCCCACAACUAAUGGGAAAAGGACCAGCAGUUCCAGUGGGGUCUCAUCUGCGAGGAGUGAACGUAGUGAUAGUAGUGCCAGUUUGGAACCUAGUGCUGACGUGAAACCGGUGAAAAACGCCGCUAGGUUGAAGCAGACCAGGCCUACGAAGACGACGCCCACGAAGAAUAGUCCAAAUGCCCUGAAGAAGGACGUGCUGAAGAAGACGGCCACUGAGGUGGAGAAACAUGCGCAGAAAGUGGCAAAUUUGGCCAGUUCGAAGCUGGUGGAGCCCAAGAUCAAGGCGAAGACGGAGAUUAAGAGUGGGCAAGGCCAGAACCACUUGCCCACGCAGAACCAACACGGUACCGGUAUUCCGAAGCCGACGGCAGCUAUUAAAGGUACCACAAAAAUCGUCCGCGACGACAAGAGCUUCCCCACCCUCAAAACCCCCAUCUCCCGGGAAAACUCCCAAGCCAGCAUCACGCACACGAAACCGGCCGUAGCCCUAGUCUCCCCCAUGAAAAACGAAAAAGAGCCCCAACUCUCCGAAAGCAGUCACAGCGCUUCCACAGGCCACCACAGCAACUCCAGCGAAAGCAGCGUCAUUUACAAGCCUUCAAGUGAGAGCAGCUCCGAACACCACAACAUCAUCCCAAACCGCAAGGACCCAAUCGCCUACAUAUCAGAAGCAACGGAAGACCAAACCGACAAGGAAAAACUCCUCAACUGCGAAAACCAAGAACCUAAGAACUUUUUCAACGAGAAGUUGAAUUUCAUGAGGGAAGGGUCGCAAGGUGACGACGAGACUGCGCUAAGUAUCGAGCCGAUGCGGCCCCUUCUGAGGGGCUAUUGCAGCACUUUGACGCUCCCUCCGAGGCAGCGGCACUACCAAAGGGUCCAGCAGGACCCGAGUUCGGACUAUUGCGAGAUUUCGCUCGCUAAUGGCUACCUUUCUGAUGGUGAAAUGUUGCGGAAUGCGCCCUCGAGGGACAACUCGGACGGGUAUAUGUCGGAAGGAGGAUCAGUUCUGUACGCGCGGAGGCUCCAAACCAUGCCUGCUCAUAUUCCAAAUGGCACGCCGCGGAUUUCUCCCGGCCUCACGGUGUUGACAGAGCAGUCCUCCCGGCGGGGGCGCGUGGAGGAGCCCCCUCCCCCUCCUGCACCCCGCGCCGCCUCCCGGUCCUCCCGCAACGGCGUUGCCUUACAAGACACCAAGCACGGCCAAUGGAAGCGCUACACGGACUCGCCAGGCGUAGGCAGCCCCCCACCGCCAGCUCCAGCCCCCUCGAGCCCCACCAGCAGCCGCAGGGAGCGCCGCAGCAGCCCCCACGGGAGCAAGGAGAAGAGCUCCAAGGUGCGUGGAGUACCGCAAAGUUUUGGCUAUGUGAAGAGGAGCAGUUCGACAAGCAAUGGAACCAAUGGGACACCAAAUGGAACAACACCUCAAGUUUUGCAGAAUCAAACGGGGAAGACAGCUUCGGUGUCUGCAGUGCCUAGGACCAAGGUUAAGGUGUCGGGAGGGACGCAGACGUGCUCCAGUGAUUUGCAACAGUCGCACAAAUCAAACGCUCCACAAUUCAAAAGCUACUCUCUGACCGGAAACGCCGCAAGUCAGCUCAGCCAAUCGGUGCGCGAACGCUUGAUGAUGGGUUCACAAAGUCUUCCAAAGGGCGCUGGGCAGGACUAUGGGCUUGUUUUGCGACAAGGACGACCCAAAGCCAGUGAUGGCUCUUUAUCCGACACUCAGGCCAUUGAAAAUACCAGUCCAUACGCCCCCUGGCUUCGACACAGCAAUACUUACUCAGUUGCCCCCCGAUUGUCCGAAACCGACAGCAUGGAAAGCCUUACAAGUCUUCCCGGACACAGAAGCAGUCUGACACACACCAGACUCCUGAGGGAUUCCCCGUCUAGGCUUAGUAGAAGUAACAGCAUAAGCUAUCUGAGAGAACGGACUUUCCCCAGGUCUACCAAAUCCGAAAAGUUGUACCCUUCUAUGUUGCAUCGUAACACCGAACCAGAGACAGAACCGUACUAUUGUUUACCAAUUGGGGCCCUCAGUCAUUGGUCCCAGCCCACAAGUCCAGCACCAGGAAAUGCAAGGACUUUUCCUUUGUCUCCAACGCAUUCGUCGACGCCUAGACACAGUAUACCCAAAAAUGAUGACGUCCACGGUUCCUCCAUAAGUCUGGUCUCGACCGCCUCCAGCCUCUACUCCUCGGCUGAAGAGAAACAAGCCCACGAAAUCCGAAAACUCCGCCGCGAACUGACCGAAGCUCAGGAGAAAGUUCAAACACUGACAUCGCAGCUCAGCACCAACGCUCAUGUGGUUUCGGCGUUCGAGCAAAGUCUGUCUUCUAUGACGCAAAGACUGCAACAUCUCACGGCCACAGCCGAGAAAAAGGAUUCUGAAUUGGCUGAGCUGAAAACUGCAAUGGAAGCUUUGAGGGCCCAGUCGAUACAAGCCGGGAUUGGAACGGGAUUAGCAAGACAACCGUCCUCUGAUAGUGUAUCAAGUCUAUCAUCAGCUUGUAGUCUGGAUAAGCACGAGAAGAAGAAGAAAAAGGGAUGGUUGCGUAGCUCUUUUACGAAAGCCUUCUCCCGUAAUGCCAAAGUAACAAAAGUCCAAUGCCAAAGCGAAGGUGAAAACGAACGCCAACACAGUCCUCCACCCCCAGCCCCAACCGACCCUGGCCAAGAAGUCGCCGAAUUACAAAAACAACUUCGAGAGAAAGACCUCGUCCUAACCGACAUUCGUCUUGAAGCCUUAAGUUCCGCCCAUCAGCUAGAAAGUCUGAAAGACACUGUGAUGAAAAUGAGAAGCGAAAUGCUUAGUCUUAAGCAAAACAAUGAACGGCUACAACGGAUGGUCAACGGAGCAACAAACAUGCCUAGCGAAUUACCGGACACCAGAAGCACAAAUAGCAUAGACGCCCUAAGUGACCUGAUCCCCACAGAGGAGCCGCCCCCUGAGCCCGAACAGGACGGGAAAAGAGUGGCCAUAAAUGUCUACUUGGGGCAACCCCACAGUUUCGAAAAGUAUUACGACGACCAUUACAGUUACGACGGAAUUGGCGAAAACGCAAUUACGGAAAUAUCCAUCGCACAUACAAACAUAGGCGCUUCGUGUUCUUGGGCCCAAUUGGACAACACAGUCAGAAGAGCCUUCAAGCAACACGUGGCAAGGCUAGAUCCAGGUGGAGGGCUAGGAUUGGGAAGUGAUUCUAUUGCUAGUUAUAAGCUGGGGGAAGCCGAAAGAAAGCCCGAUUCGGGCCCCCCUGACCUCCUGCCAGUCGGAUACGCUGUUGGAAGAGUCUCAACUUUACACGUUGUACUGCAACCCAUCGCUGCCUUAGCUUUCGAAGCACUUAUACCAAAAGGAGUGGCACAAAGACUGGUUUCGUUGUUGUCAGAGCACCGGAGGCUUGUCUUGUGUGGGGCCCCCGGCACGGGAAAGACACAUCUAGCCACGAGACUUGCAGAGUUUCACGCACAAGCACAAGGGAGGGAUCCGGCCGAAGCCGUGGCAACUUUUAAUGUCGAUAAUAAGUCAGCAAAAGAACUCCGCCAGUAUCUAUCGCACUUGAGCGAGCAAGCGGCCGCUGGGGACAACAGUGUCCUUCCUUGCGUCGUCGUUUUGGACAAUUUGCACAAAGCCGGUCCUUUGGCAGACGCCUUGGGAUCCCUCCCUCGCAACUUACCUUGUCUUUUGGGGACCAUGGCCCAGUCGGCCUGUUCUGCCACCAGUCUCCAACUCCAACACGGCUUCCGAUGGGUGUUGGUAGCCCCCCAUAUGGAACCGGCUCGAGGUCUUCUUGGUAGAGUCCUCCGACGAAGACUCGCCACUUUGGAGCUCGAACAAGGGCCCCAACCCGAACUGGCGGCUAUUCUGGGGUGGCUUCCAAGAGUUUGGCAACACCUGAAUGCUUUUCUAGAGACGCACAGCUCGGGGGAUGUGGCCAUUGGACCGAGACUGUUUCUGAGCUGUCCUUUGGAGUUGGAUGCAGCGCGGGCGUGGUUCGCAGACGUGUGGAACUACUCCUUGGCCCCCUACUUGCGGGAGGCUGCCCGCGAGGGCCUCCAGCUGUACGGGCGGAGGGCCCCCUGGACGGACCCGGCGCAGUUUGUCCUGGACACGUACCCCUGGCCGGGGGCGCCCCCUCAAGGCCUCACGAGCAUAACAGCCAAAGACGUGGGGCUGGAGAGCGGCCCCACAGCACAGGCCGAAAAUGAAGGCGACCCUCUGCUAAAUAUGCUCAUGCGUUUGCAAGAAGCCGCCAAUUAUUCGAGUCCGCAUUCGAAUGAUUCUGACUGUAACAGUUUGGAUUCGAAUCUGACGCAUGGGAGCAAUGUUGGAACCGAAAGUGUUUCUUAAUAUUGGAUAAUCAAAGCUAUUUUAUAUAAAUUGUUCGGCGAUUUGGUUUUAUUUUUUCAAGUGUGUUGUUAAUCAAAAAUGCAAAAAACGAUGAGUAGAACGGUUUAUAUAAAAUUAAUGAGUAAGUAUAAUGGUAGCAUUCAAUACCUAAUGACUAUAACAAAGUGCUUCACCAUUUUUUCACCUGUAAUAAUGUUAUACAGAAUGCUGUUUGUUGUCUUGUUUGAGAAAUAUACACGAAUGUUUGUUUCUAGAGGAUUUUUUUAGAACAGUAUGUAUAUUUCUUAGUUUUGUCUGUGUUUUAACGAGUAUUUUCUGGUCAGAUAACCAAUUGUGUAAAUAUGUUAUUUAUAUUAUACAUUUAUACAGAAUGAAAUUUUCUAUGCCUAUGUUUAUUGUAUUUAUAAUGUAAAAUGUUUUAAUAACUUUUAUACAAAUUGUAAAUUGCCAAUAAAUUAUUGCAAAAA